CAAAGACGUAUUUCUUUCCUGGAUAAAAUUUUCCAUAUUUCGAUAACGAUAAGGGAUGGAGUCGGUUAUACGCACACAUUUCCACCACGAUCGAAUGUACCUUCGCAAAAAUCUGCAGUGGCUUUCCCAAUUUCAGGUUCAUUUGAUCGCUAUGCAUAUAUUCAUCGAUAUUCGAAUUCAUCUCUUUACACAGCAUUGCAAUUGCAAACCCUAGGUCAAGAUUUGUAAACGAAAACCCAAUUGGUUUCUUCUCGAUUUAGUAAAAAGUGCAAAACACAAAUUAUCCUGCAAAUCCUCGAACAAGUGUAUUACAUGGAUCUAGCAACGAUAAACGAUGGUCUGCGUUUCUCCAGGAAAAGAAAGAAAUGGAUUCUUCUCAUAGCAGCGUUAGGGUUUUCAACUUACGGUGCUUAUAAGGUUUGUAAAGCGCCUUCUGUCAUUCAGAAGAGGGAUAGGGUGAUGAAGGUUUUAGGCGCCUUAGCUUCCAUUACCGAAUCUCUCGGUGAUUCCGCCGAGGCAAUAGGAGUGAUUUCCAAGGAUCUGAAAGAGUUUAUACAAUCCGAUUCCGAUCAAAUCCCUAGCAGUUUAAAGCAAGUUUUCAAAAUUACCAAGUCUGAUGAGUUCUCGGAGUCAAUUGUUAAGAUUACAAGAUCAUUCACCGUGGGGCUUCUACAAGGGUAUCGAGUUGACGCCGGAAAACGUGAUUCCGGUCCAAGUUUUCCCGAUCGAGCUUUGGAUAAGCUGUUAACUCCGGCAGGUUCUGGUUUUGCUUCCGUCAUUGCUGGGAGUUUCGCCAGGAAUCUAUUCAUCGGAGGUUCAAUGAACUCCGGUAGUCCGCUUCAUGAAUGGAUCGAUGUGAUUGCUGAUGACAAAUGUAGGAAGCUAAUCGGUGACUGUAUUCAGCAGUUCGUGGCCACAAUGGUGACAGUUUAUCUCGACAAAACCAUUGACAUAAACCCCUUCGAGGAGAUCUUAUCAGGUUUGACUAACCCUAAACACGAAGAAAAAGUGAGAAAUCUAUUGGCGUUAAUCUGCAACAGCGCUAUCGAGACUUUCGUCAGAACUUCUCACCAACUCUUGACAGAUUCAAAAUCGAACUCGAACCCUAAACCUUCUUCUACCAUUAGUAAAGUUUUAGAUGGGAAAGAACUAGUGUUGAGUAAACUAAAAGCAAGAAAGAGUAACAUGUCAUCUUCUCUAGCAGUUCCUGGCAACAUGAGGUUUGUUCUUGAUGUGACAGGAAGAGUCACACUCGCAACCGCAAAAUCUUUUCUCCAAUUUUCUUUAGACAAGUUAUCAGAGCGUAUGAAAAGAAGCUAUCAAGAAGCUUACAGGUACUUGAGUGCAAAAUCUUUGAUUGUUAUGACAAUAUUCAUUUCACUGUAUUUGCACCUGUUAAGUGCUCCAUGGAGUUUGGUUUCAUAUUAGGUUUUGGAGACAAGAAACUAUCCAUAUGAUGUAUAUAUUUUGUUAAAGAAUCUUGAAAAAUAACAAUGUACAUGAAUAAAGAUGGAAGCUUUUUCAUGGGGUUUGGUUCUGUGUAUAGAUAUAGUCGAUAUGAGCAACAAGUGUUCUUCUCAUCAAGCAUUCUUCUUCACCAAUUCCUUCACAGCCCUCUUCAAUUUGUGCAGUUUCAACGCCUCCCUACAUAGAAAAUGAGAAUAUUUUGAGAUCUUGAAAAUAUGAAUUUAUACAUGAUUUCUAUGUUACCUUAUUUUUAUGUUUCGUCAUGGUGGUGGUGGUGGUGAGGCUGGCAGUGUAGGGUGGUGGGGAGCAGAAGAGGAGGACGAGUAUGAAGAAGAUGGUGGUUCUAGACAUGGUUGUAGUUCAGGUGAUCGGGAUAUGGAGAGAGAGAUUUAUAGGAAUCAGUUUGUGUAGAGUAUGAAAGGGAGAUUUGGUGGUUAUGGCAUUUUGUCGAACACAUGGUGUGCAUGUAAUCAAUCUCGGUUCAGCUCUGUAAAUCUAGUGGGUAAUACGAGUUUAUGGACACUUGGUGGUUAAUCGUGUCCUAUGUGCAUUAAAAAACUAAUACAAGAUUCUAGUUUAUGCAUUUAA